CUGGGAGUUGUUGUUCUACAGCAGCUGUGUGACUCUGUCCUGUGUCAUCCGGGCCAUCCCCCUGUCACGUGACUCGUCUUCCAAUCCCUGGAGGCUUCAUUGCAGGUGUACGGGAUGGAUCUGAUUGGUUGCUAUGGAUAGUUCUCUCUGAUGAGUGAAGAUCUGGCGCUCCGCUCCUGGACCGGCUCCUAUUACCUGAGCAGCGAGAAGCGAUGGCGUCCGGGGAGGCUGUCGCUGACCGCCACUCACCUGCGCUUCCAGGCGGACGGCGCCGACGACUUCCUGAUCCGCUUCCCGCUCUCCGGCAUCAGUGAAAUCAAGAAGGAGUCGUCCAGUUACAUCUUCAGCUCCAUCACUGUACUGGAGGGGGGCGGAGCCAAGCACUGGUUCAGCUCGCUGAUCCCCAGCCGGAACGCCGUCUUCCCGGUGCUGGAGCACUUCUGGAGGGAGCGGCUGCUGUCACCACGGGGGGACGGGACCUCCAAGGGGAAGGAGCUGCUCGGCAUCAUGUCCGGCUCCCAGAGAUGCAUGGAGGGCACCACCCGGGUACUGCACCACCAGGGGGAGCAGCUGGACGGCAUCAUGAGCGGACUGAGCAAGAUCGAGGGCGACAUGGCGACCGCAGACAGGAUGUUGUCGGUUCUGGAGUCUCCUUCUUGGUGGCCGUUCAGUGGGAGUCCAUGGAAGAGAUCAGCGUCUAAAGAGCCAGAGGCCGCCGCCCAGAGCCGCGGGAAAGACGGAGUCAUCACUACCAUCCCCAUCAUCUUCUGCCGUCACCCCGAGGUCAGCCUCAGGCCGGGUCGCCUCACCCUCCUGCUGUCCGCUCUGGAGAUCUGUGACUGUGACCACCGCCCCCUGCACCGCUACCAGCGCCAGGACGUGGACGACAUCAGAGUGGUGAGCGGGCACGAGAUGAGCGUCCGGCAGAGAUUCCUGGGGCGGCCGGACGUCACCUUCACCGUCAUAUCCGCCAGGUUACCGCUCGUCCUGCCCCUGCUGGAGAUGCAGUACAGGAAGAAGGUGGAGUUCACCCCAGAAGCCGCCAUCUUCAGCGACCAGUGCCGCCCGUCUCCCAGCGAGAAGAGUCCAGGAUGGCAAACCGAUUCCUGGUUUCUGGACACCAUUGUGAGAUCGGGGCCCCGCGGGGGAGGAGAGGAGGCGGCGGCCAUGGCCGAGCAGCAGGAGGUGACCGACUCCGAAGUGCUGGAGCUCAGAAAGAUCCUCACCAAGCUGAAGAGCAUCGCACUGGAGGCGGAGGACGAGCUGGAGCGGCAGGACGAGGCGCUGGACGAGAUCACGAGCUCCACAGACAGAGCGAUCCUGAAGAUCAACAAACAGACGCGCAGGAUGCGGAACCUAAUCUGAACAUUCCUGCAACAUGGCCGCCGGUGACCACUGUGGUAGCUCUGCCUUCUCUGCGGGCAGGAAGGAAACGGCUGCAAACAGAAAAAUCAGAGAGAGGAAAAUACAGAAAAUCUGAACUUUAUUUAUUGUUCUUAUUAAUGAAAUGUGUUAUCAGGAACAGAAAUAAAAUCGCCCCAAAAUACGAGCUCCGUCCACUGCACCCACUGGUGCAUUCCUAUCCGCUACGCCGGGACUGUGAAGUCAUUAAGGCGAACCUGUCAUAUUGAACUUGGUGUCCUAUCUGCGAGCAGAUUAAUUUCCAUCCCUGCUUGUUCUAUACCUAGGAGUCCAGUGGGCGGUCCUAUCUGCGAGCCGCACCGAGCAGAGUGGGGAAAGAUCAUAACUUGUAUUUCUUUCAUUUUUUAUCCCGCUAAUUCUAUACUUAGGAGUCCAGUGGGCGGUCCUAUCAUCCGUCCCUUCAAGCCAAAACUUCGACUCCUUCAUAAAUGGCUUGUUCAAUAAUUAGUAAUAACGUAUUGACGUAGUAGAAUCAUCAGCUUGUCAUCUCUCUCAUGUAAUAUUUCUACCGACUCCACAGCCCUGAGAUCCUGCAUGGGUAACAUAUACUGCUGACUACCCAAAGCGACCUGCAUGACCUGGAUCAUGACAGUUGUCAACUAGCUUUUCACAGAUCAUCACCCCUAUCCCACCAUCAUCACUACUCCCACCAUGACCACCCCUUCCCCUCACUAUAACUGCCCCUCGUCCCUCCAGCAUCAUCAUCACUACAUCACCAUAACCUCAUUUCCACCAUCAUCAAGGAGAAGACCUAAUGCCAGGAUAACUCCAGAAGAAGACCUAACACAAAAGGAAGACCCAGCUCUAGAAGAAUAUCUAACUCACGGAAAAGAAUACCUAACUCCAGUAGAAGACCUUCCUCCAGGAUAACACUUAACCUUAGAAGAAAACCUAACCCCAAACAAAGACCCAACUCUAAAAUACCUAACUCGCUCCUGGAGAAGAAUACCUUACUCCAGGAGAAGACAUCACCCUAAGAAAGGUCCUAACCCAAGGAGAAGACCUAACUCAAGAAGACCUACAGUAAGUGUACAACAGGAAAAAACCUAACUCCACUUGAAGACCUAACUCCAGAAUAAAACUUAAACCCAGAAAAAGACCUAAUCCUAAAUGAAGAUCCAGCCCUGGAAGAAUACCCAACUCCUGAAGAAUACCUCUUGCAGAAGACCUAACUCAAGAAGACCUACAUAAAGUGUACAAGAAGCUCUAACACCAACUCCAGGAAAAAACUUUACUCCAAGAGCUUACCCAAGGAGAAGACCCAGAAGAAGACCUAACCCCAAAUGAAGACCCAACUGUAGAAGAACACCUAACCCCAGGAGAAGAACUAACCAUAAGAGAAGACAUAAUCCUAAAAAAAAGACCCAACUCAAGAAGACCUACAGUAAGUGCACAACGAGACCUAACUCCAGGAAAAAACUUGUUCCCAAGAAAACACCUAACCUCAGGAGAAGACGUAACUCCAGAAGAUGAGCUGAUUCGCUACAUGCAGGACUAGUCACCGUUCUGUCACUGCGAUAGAACAUGAAGUGUCUAUCUCCACACUGAAAGGUUAUUACCUAUCCACAGGAAUGGUGGGUAACUAUGAGGUUGGUGGGGUCCUACUGCCAGGACCCCUACUGAUCAUGACAAUUGGGACCCCAUACCUCAUCUAAGCCACCAAAAAUAAUGUUUUGGGUGGCCCUAAAGGGUACAGAGCCCCCAUUCUCGUGAUUAGUGGACGUCCCAGCAUUCAAACCCCCACCCUCACCUGUCGAUAGAAGAUAACUUCUAACAACUAAUAUGUCCCUUAAGUUUGUCAUGUGACUUGCAUCAAUGUUCGAAUCUCGAUGUGUACUGUGUCUUUAAUCUGAUGUGAGAUGCCAGUGGGUAAUGUGCUGCUGUGGACUUGGUACCACUGAGGUACAUCAGUGAGGGUACUUAUGGUAUAAGGUGGGUGAAAUGUCUUGUAUGUAAGGCCGUGGUGGGGGGAAUAUGUCUCAGGUGGUCUGUCACUGGGUAAGGUGGGACAUUGCAGGUAAGCCGCACUAUAGAGAGUGAAAAGCCUCCGCUGGAUAUAAAUGUAAUGCGCUGCAUGUUACACUGGAGGUGUGUCUGCUGCAAGCAGCGCUGAGGCCUCCUAGUGGCCAAUUCUGUUAUUGCUGAUCUACUAUAGUAAAAGCAAAUGUCUGUGAGAUAAGUAGCCCUGAAGACCUACAGUCAUUAGUAUGCAGGCAGAAAGAACAUGUGGGCUGCUAAUGGAGGUGAGACAGCUAUCAGUGGAGGUGAGAGGCACUGGCCAUGAUGGAUACCAGCUCAAGGGAUAGGGCAGCUGGGCAACUCAGUGGAGAGGGCUGCCAGGCACCCUCUCCAAUCCGGAAAUCCCUGUUACAGUAUGGUUUCCAUGUAGUAGCAGCCUGUGGUUGUUUUCUGAAAUGGGUUUCGGGCACAGUCACCUUAUCUGAUGUCUCUUUCCUCAGUAAUUCCCAGAUCAUUCAAUUUUUCUGUAAAUUUUUAUCUGUGAUUUUAACCAAAUUGCUUAAUAAAAGAAGGCAGGAAAUCCGGUGAUACAACUGAGCUCCACCGACAGAUCAGACAACGACAGGAUGAAUUGGAGAAGAAUUACCCAGU